UACGAACCGAUGCAAUGACAUUGCUUAGCUGAAUAAAUUGUUAAACACAAUUAGUUGUAGAGAAAUAAAUAAUUUAUUAAAUUUAUGCAAAACAAUAUAAUGACAAUGGAAAAAGCAAUACUCACUUUGACACUCUUCUGUGUCAUUUGGAUCUCAUGGAGUACAGCAUUACCACGACCGUAUUAUGACGAGACACUGGAGGAAGUCAACUGUGGCGGUGAAAUGGGACAACCACUAAUAACACCCUGCAAGAAUGCCAUUAAACUGGAUGCACAGACUAAUUACACACUUCAAUGCGAAGCCGAUGAGCCCGUUGAAUGGAUUUUUAAUUAUGAAGUGCUACAGGCCGUUGUACCUUUUGCCAACACUGAGGAUCCGUCGCGUCCCUAUGGCUUACAGCUCUUAUUGCUGGAAGUCAGUUUUCGGGAAGUGGGAGCCUACUAUUGCAUCAAGAAAAGUGCAGUACGCUAUGGCGAUGUACAGAUUAAUAUGAAAACUGAGGAUCUUAUCGAGAGUGUUAAUAGUAAUAACGCUAGUUCAAUCUAUGUCUACGUUAAUGAUCCAAAUAAUUUACUGGCUGAUACUCCGCCAAUAGUGAAGGCACGACAAUACACCGAAGUGAUAAUACCCUGUAAACCAUCUAUGCCCGAGACAGAAGUAAUUCUGUCUUUCAACGGUGAUACAUAUCCCAGUGAUACAUCCGCUCGAUACGAUCCCCAAAGAGGUUUUGUUCUUGAAGUGCGAAGCAUCACCGAUGGCGGUGAAUAUUUUUGUGAGCCUAAAGAGCCGGCUCCAACUAAUGAAGAGGAAUCGUCAGUUAUUAAUGUGCUCUUUUUUGGUAACGAUCAAAUUGAUAAUAUGUUAACUAACAGAGAUCAGGAUAAUUUUGAAGAAGAUGUUACUAACCCUACAAAUAGUUAUGUCACUAAGAUUGAAGAUUCUGGUGCUGGUCUUGAAUAUGAUAUGCCAGAUUACGAAGAUACAACAAAUUUUGAUUUGUUGCGCCAAAAGCGUAAUCCUACGAAUUUAGCCCCAAUGAUGCCAUUGCCCUCAAGUCCACCAAAAGGGCAAGCAAAUCGUCGACUUAAUAAACCAAUAAUAACAUCAACUUCACCUCGUGGACAUGUUUACUACAAUGAGUCCUUUGAAUUGGUAUGCCAGAUUUCUGCACCGCCACAAACAACAAUUGACAUUGAAUGGAGAAUGCCAAGAGGUUUUGAUCAGAGUCGCGCAAAGAUAGUGAAACCAGAUAUUGCCGAACAUAGUAAGAAUAACACUCAUAAGACGGCAAGCAGCAUUUUGACUGUAGUUCAUGCUGAAGAAAGCGAUACCGGAGCCUACAAAUGCAUUGUUAAGGAUGAAACUGGAGAAGAGUUCUCGUCUUUCAAAAUCAAAGUAAUGGAGCCAAAAUCAAGCUAUUUGGAUGUACGAGAACCUUCCAAUCAUUAUAAUGUACGUGAGAUUGCCAAUAAAACUAUACAAAUGACAGCCAUAUUUGAAGGAUUUCCUGAACCGACAUUCAAAUGGUAUAAGCCAAAUGGAAUGGAGAUUUGGGAAACUGAGUCCAAUUUUAAGAUAAUAUCCACCGAAUUGAGUACCACACUGCAGUUAUUGAAUGCCCAAUUGGAAAAUAGUGGAACCUACAAACUUAAAGGCACAAAUGGUGUUAAUUCCAAGCAAUUGGAAUUUAAUGUUAGUGUUAUAUCUGGUCCAGUACUCAAUAUGGAGGAUGUCUAUGUCCAGGAAGGCCAUCAGGCUCAUCUCAAUUGUACGGUAAUGUCGUAUCCGACUGCAAUCGUAACUUUUCUCUUUAAACCAUGCAAAUUGGAACCACGUUGGCCGACUUGUCAUAAUUUGCCACAGCAAAAUUUCAGUUUCCAACGUACUACUCGACCUGGUGCUCUAAGUGUUGAAUUUAUACACGAAAUCACUUUCACACCAACUGAACCUGGAAUUCUAUCUUGUGUGGCACAAAAUCUAGUAAAUAAUAAUCCUGUUACGCGAAUGAGUAAAGCUCAUGUCUUACUGGGUGAUAUAUCGGAGAAUAUGACUAUUUACGGACUAGAUCUAACCAAGAAGAUUGCCAAGGGCGAAAAGGAGAGUAUCACAUGUGAGGCUUUGGCUUAUCAUUUCGAUGGAAAUCUUUUAUGGUACCAAAACGGACAACCCAUCUCAGAAACUGAUGAUCUCAAAAUUACAGAAUCCACUACGAAAUAUUCGUAUAAGAGCACCAUUCAUUUCAAUCCUAUUAGAGACAAAGAUAGUGGUACAUAUCAAUGUCGGGCCCAACAUAUAGUGCAAUCGUAUGAAUAUGAAUCCCGUGAGAUAGAUGUUUUUGUUCACGAUCCUCAGUCUCCCCAAUGGGAGUAUACCAAUUUGAAUGCUAAAUCGAAAAUUGAACGAAAUCUUGGUGAAUCAUUGUCGCUUGAGUGUCGCUCCAAGGCGAUUCCUGAGGCUACGGUCCAUUGGUACAAGGAUGAUACGGAAUUGCAUGAGACCAAUUUGACGCAUAUUCUGGAAAAUAAUUCCCAACUCUUGAUCACACAUCUAUAUCCCAAACACGAUGGCCUUUAUAGAUGUGUAGUGGAAAAUCGUUUGGGUAAAAUUGAAAAUUCCGUCACUGUGGUCAUAGCCAAUAUGCCUGGCAUUAAGAAGACUUGGAUAUGGUUGGUAGUCUUUUUCUUUGGUGCCCUAAUCGCUCUCUGCGCCUUUUUGGCUGUACGUUAUCGACAGGAACGUAAACGACACUUGGAAUUGAAGGCCGCUGGUCUGGCCAACUUUGAGGAAGGUGCCGUUGAGCAUAUAAAUCCAGCAUUAUCUUUGGAUGAACAAGCGGAUCUGCUACCUUAUAAUCGUGAAUUUGAAUUUCCGCGAGAGAAACUGAAGUUGGGCAAACAACUUGGAGCCGGUGCAUUCGGUGUUGUCCUAAAGGGCGAAGCUGAGGGCAUAAGCCAUGAGAACGCUGUAACAAUAGUUGCUGUCAAAAUGGUUAAACGUACCGCCGACAAUGAGGUGGUGCGUGCCCUGGUCUCUGAAUUGAAGAUCAUGGUGCAUUUGGGCCAGCAUCUAAAUGUGGUUAACCUUUUGGGCGCUGUUACCAAGAAUAUUGCGAAACGUGAACUAAUGGUCAUUGUGGAGUAUUGCCGUUUUGGUAAUGUGCAAAACUUUUUGUUACGUAAUCGGAAGUGUUAUAUCAAUCAGAUAAAUCCCACAAAUGAUCGCAUUGAUCCAACCAUUAUGACACAGCGUAUUUCGGAUAAUUUUGAACUGCAUCGUGAUGGUGGCUUGAAGUAUGCUAAUGUUGGUUUCCCGAACCAUUCAUAUAUCAAUCACAUGAACUCUGUAAACAACAACUAUACCCAAACUCAUCGCAGAAACUCGGAAAAUGAUCCCAGAUCGGGCACAAGAGCAGGUCGACCAGGAUCCGCUGGGUAUAGUUAUGAUCGUCAGAUGGAUACAUGUGCCACAGAGGCCACAGUAAUGACAACAGUGCCAGAAGAUGAUCAUGUUAUGUCGAAUAACUCAAUACAGCCUGCAUGGCGAUCCAAUUAUAAGACCGAUUCAACGGAAGCCAUGUCAGUGACCACCAGUGAUCUAGUCAGCUGGGCUUUUCAGGUUGCCCGUGGCAUGGAUUAUCUAUCAUCGAAGAAAGUUCUUCAUGGUGAUUUGGCAGCUCGUAAUAUCCUAUUAUGCGAAGAUAAUGUUGUUAAAAUUUGUGACUUUGGUCUAGCCCGAUCAAUGUAUCGUGGUGAUAAUUAUAAGAAAUCAGAGAGUGCAAAACUUCCCAUCAAAUGGCUGGCACUGGAAUCUCUAAGCGAUCAAGUUUUCAGCACCUAUAGUGACGUUUGGUCAUUUGGCAUUGUGUUGUGGGAGUUAUUCUCACUGGCCAAGGUUCCCUAUCCGGGCAUUGAUCCCAAUCAGGAGUUAUUUAACAAACUCAACGAUGGCUAUCGCAUGGAAAAGCCACCUUAUGCAAAUGGUGAGCUGUACGAGAUUAUGCUAGAAUGUUGGAGAAAGAGUCCCGAGAGUCGGCCAUUGUUUAAUGAGCUGGAGCGACGCUUUGCCAGCAUGCUAACCGAGGAUGUGGCCAACCACUACCUGGAUCUGAACAAUCCAUAUAUGCAAUCAAAUAUGCAAUAUAUGAAAACGCAACCCACUGACUACCUGGCUUUAAUGGGUUCACCAGAUGAGCCAGCACCGGAACGUCCACGCUAUGUAAAUGGACAUAUGGUGCCAGAUAUACGCAUUGAAGAGUUUCCCGAUGACUAUCAGGAACCCAGUACAGUCUCUGGCACCGCCAUUUUUUCACCCACCCGUCUUGAAAGCGAUGAAAAUGCUGUCAAAUUCACAGAUUUUCCGGAUUUCUCAUCCAAACAAACCAACGAAACCUCCUCUUUCACCUUCCCAGAUACAGUACGUCAGCAGCACUCACCGACUCUAUCUAAUAACAUGGAUGGCGGAGCCCAUAAGCCAUUGCGCAAGAAGAACGGUCUGCCCACCGUUGAUGGGGCUGAUCGGGCACCCGAGGAGAUACCCAUGUUGCAUCGUUCGUCCAACUCAGAGGAAGGCGAUCAGUCCAACAAUAGUCCGGCACAGCAGCGACGAUUUCCUCAAGCCCUGAAGCAACAAUACGUUACGCCCACACCCUCGCCGCGUCAUCAUGUGGAGACGAAACUCAAUGGGGACAACGAGAACUAUGUAAAUGUGAAGCCACCACGUAAAAAUCUCGCCAAAACGCCAGCAACUGGCACAGCAACCGACGCCUUCUCAAAUCCCAGUUAUCAGCCUUUGUCAAAGGUCAACGAGAAGGAGGAGCGAAGGUAUUAGGAAUGACUCCAAAUAUGGAAUGGACUACUUCAAGACUAGUAAAUAAGUUAUUUAGCUUAAAAUCGACCCAUUUUUCACUAUAAGAAACUUUAAGUCUACUUACAAAUUUGUGCCAGGCAUUUUCCAUUUAUCGUUAGAAUGUAGGUUUAAUUAACAUUACUGUCACUUUAGCUAUUGUUAUUUGUCUAUGCAUUUGUGUAUAUAUGUUUAUUUACUUAAAAUACAAGAACUAUAAUGUGAAUAUUUAAA